AUGUUCUCCGAUAUAGGGGUGUACAGGUACACAGUCAGCUGCAGCAGAAAGCAUAAAGUACCGAAGGUGCGUGCAUUCUCGCUGGACCAGAUCCGACGUGGAGACCAUCUGUGCUUCGAUCGAGUUCUCUACUGGCAUCACGCUAUAGUAGAGACCGUCGAUAAAUCAAAUGGUGAAGUCAACGUCAUUGAGUACUCCAAUUUCGCAAAGCAAUUCAGCCAGGGCAACAGCAGCCCGCCAAAAAAUCCAGGAUUGGCUGUGGUGGUUAGACGGAAGUUCAAAUUAGAAAACGAAUCCGUUUACGUUAUUAAACACGACAGGUGUUUUGAUCCCAAAACUGUUGUUUCCAGAGCUAAGAGUAAGCUAGGGGAAAGAAAAUACCAUCCUGUUACCAAUAACUGUGAGCAUUUUGCCUUAUGGUGUAAAACAGGAAUAUCCUCCUCAGAACAAGUAAACAAUGUCAAGGAAGCUUUCGAGACAGGAGUAAACGAUGUCAAAGACGCCUUCAACACAGGA